AUGCAGUAUGGGAAUAAGGAAGCUUGUGUGGGAAGACCUUCAACUCUAGAGUUCAGUAUCAGCCCAAGUAGUUGGGCUGAUAAAAAGGUAAAGGACAUCAUAAACAAGAAGGAGAUAAGCCAACAAUAUGAGGUCAUAUGGCCAGAGGAAGGCUGCCCAUGUCCCAUCUUCAAACUCAUAUUUCCUCCCAGAAUGUCUUCCAAUCGAAGUAUCAUGACAAAGGUUGUCCCAAUGUACAAAAUUGUGCAGUACAAAAUCAACCAUGUGGUCUGGGAGGCCAUCAGAGAAACAAUUACCAGCUUCAUGAAUAACGGAGUACAGGUCAAAACUGAUCUGGCUGCAGGGAAGGUUUACCUUGUUGGAAAGUCCAAGAGGGUAACUGAGGUUAAUCCAACAUUUAGAAACCUGGUAGAGGAAACUACUAGACGGAUAGAAAAAAAGAAUCAAAGUCUGACUGAGGUGGUACCCAUGUCCCCGGCCCAAUAUCAGAUAAUGUGUAUGAGCGGCCUAGAGAAGCAGAUGAUGGAGCAAACGAUUCGGAUAUCAGGAUUGAGAUAUGAAGUUCUCACUGCCAAACGUGAGCUAUACAACGUUCAGCAACAAAUUAAAUCCAAAUGCUUCAAGGGAAGUCCACACCUUGUCCAGUUUCUGGUGUUGACUAGUGAUGAAAAACUGUCCUGUCUCCUCUUUGCACAACACAACAUUAAUGCUCUGCUGGAAACUGAUGAUAAUGUUGUUAAACUGACUGCUUACUCCGAGGAGGUCUUGAAGGAGGCUGAAAAACAAUUGAAACAAGGACUGACGUGCGUGUCCAUCUUUGUUGAAGAGAAGGGUCUCCUGGGAAGUCCCGAGUGGAGAAGUCUACUCUCACACAUGAACACGACCUUAAAUGCAGGGAAGUGCACAGUUCUCAUACUGAAAUGUCCUCCCGGGGCCCAGAAUGAUGUGGUCAUCACGGGUCUGACUUCAAAUGUACAAAAGUGCCACCAAAAAGUCAGUGACUUUCUGAAGAAUAAUUCCACAAUACGAGUAGGUGUUCCAGUCAAGUCCAAGGUAAUGAUGCAGUUCAUUGAGGACAGAAGGAAGGACAUUUGGGGGAAGAUGUCGAAAAAAGUAAACGUGACAAAGAUUGGGGACAGGAUUUGCUCGUCAGGCCCGAGGGUGCAUGUUCAGGAGGCAGCGUUGCUCAUUAAGAACUUUCUGUCCUCACUUCAUUGCGAUACCCUGCUCAUCGAUAAACCAGGAGCCAAGACAUUUUGUGUAAUGAAUGAAAAGGUUCACGUUGCAGCUGCCAAGGAAGAAUUUAACUGCGCAAUACAUUUACAGGAGGCUACUAUUAAAGACUUUGUACCGGGUGAUGCCAAAUACCAAGUUACACUUCCAAAUGGGUUGAUCAUCUCCGUCUACAAAGGUGACCUGUGCCGUCAUAACGUAGAUGUCAUUGUUAAUGCAGCCAAUGAAGACCUACAACACAUGGGGGGCCUGGCCAAUGCCAUUUUGAAAGCAGCUGGACAUAAGCUGCAGGACGACUGUGACCGUAUCAUCAGGAAGAAUGGCAGAGUGUCCCCUGGAGACUCGGUAAUCACUGACGCGGGUAACUUGCCAUGCAAACAGGUCAUACAUACCGUCGGUCCCCGGUGGUCUGCGCGUUUGCGCUCAUUUUGUGAACGUCUUCUAAGGAGGGCCAUCACCACCAGUUUGCAGCUGGCUGCUGAGAACAACCACCGUUCCAUAGCGAUCCCAGCAGUCAGCUCCGGUAUUUUUGCUUUCCCUCUAAAGUUAUGCAUUGAACAUAUAGUGGAAGCUGUACGGAUCUACGUGGAGAACCAGCAGACCACCCUGCGGAGAAUACAUCUUGUGGACACGAGUGAGGAAACUGUGAGGAUUUUCUGCGAAGUUACUAAAGACAAAUUUGGUAACCAAACUAACAUCAUUCCACCCAAAGCACCAGCGAUCCAGCAUGACAUAAGAGUGGAAGAUAGUAAGAAGAUACAGGUACCGGUGAUAGGAGACAAUGUCCUGAAGACCAAGGAAGGGAUGAUCAUCAAGCUGCUUCAGAAGAACAUUGAAGACUGUACGGUAUUAUUGACAUCUGCAUUAGCUAACAUUGUUUUUUUCUUUUGA